AUAUAAGAAUAUGGUGGAAUUUAGAGAAUUAAGCUUACUGAGAAUACCACAAUAAAACCUGAUGUUGCCGGAUUCAUGAUGAGGAAAUCAGUUUCUACUUGAUCAAUCCAGAUAUAACCUGAUCAUGGUUAUAUUUGAGGAAAAAGAAGAGAAUUGAGUCCUAUGGAAGUCAAGAGAAGCUACUGGAAACUUAAGUGUUAAACUCACAUGGAACCAGAGAACUGGUUUCAGAUCCCGGAGAAGGAGAGGAGACGGGUUGAAGACUAUCCUACCCUACUCCUCCAACAGAUAUAUACACACACCCUCAUGUAACAAUGCCAAGAGUGGAGGAGAGGAAUGUGAAGAAUCAUAGACAUGGUCAACAUGAACCACACCGUCAUCAUCAUAAUCAUAAUCAUCAUAGGAGUAAAAGUCGGAAAAGAGAAGAACAAGGGGAAACAAGAGAUGAAAUAGAUGGGAGACGUGAGGAGCGAGAUGGGAGAAGGGAAGAUAGAGAUGGGAGAAGGGAGGAGCGAGAUGGGAGACGGGAGGACAGAGAUGGGAGAAGGGAGGAGAGUCCUGUAAAAGGAUUAAGAAUGUCUCCACUAAGUCCUAGUCAGGACGGACAUGUGACUAGAUCUCACAUGAUGAACCCUGAACCUGGACACGGGUCCAGGAUGCAUUUCACCCACCCGGAGUAUCCACGAGGAUCCAGGGUUCAAGGAUCUAACUCGGAGCAUAUACAUGGUUCCAAUAUACAGGAUUAUAACAAUGAAGACAGUUCUUCAAGAUUGCAAGAAAGAAACCAUCAUUCCGUUUAUAAACAAGAGCAUGGAACCAGUCCUGUUAAGAGCUACAUAAAACCCGACUUGUCCCCUGAUACUCGAACCAUUGGUAAACCUGACCUUUCCCCCGGGACCCGGAGCUAUAUCAAACAUGACCUUUCACCCGGCAAUAGAAGUAUUGCCAAAUCUGACCAAUCUGGACCGAAAACAAAUUUGAAACCCGACCUAACUCCUGAACUACGGAACUCUGUAAAACCCGACCCAGAUUCUCAUCAGAAACCCCUGCAUUAUCAACAGUAUUAUAAGGAUGUUCAGCAGGAAUUAAAAAGUAGGUUUCCUCGGGAUAAAUCCCGAAGUGAAACCUCCCGGAAUGGGGUUGAGGGAUUAAGCCAGAAGGUGUUGGAGCAAAACUCAUAUCAAGGUGAGAACAUGGAAUAUCUAGGUCGGGAGAGACAAGUGAUAUCUCAGGAUAGGUCCCCGCGACGGGAUCUUGAACUAGACCCUGAGCCAGUGAUAGAAAGAGUAUCUGAGAUUAAAACUAGUGAAAGUGGAGUUCAGACCAGGUCAAGGACCAAAAGUGAAUCGCGUCCAAUGUACGAUGAAAGAACUACAAAUACAGAUUCAGUGGAAGUUUUGAACCUUUUAAGGAAUCCUAGGCGUCGUCCUAUUGAGGUGGAUGCCCGAGAGUUCAGGUUUUUAACUGAAAAAUUACUCCAGGAGCAAAAAGGAACUCCAGUUGUAGCAAAAAUGGAAAGGAAGGAAAAGAUUGAAACAACCCUUCACACUCAUAUCAAUGGAGAUUCAACUAGGAAGGAUAUUGGAAGAGUAAAGAAAGAUAUUAGCUCCGAUAUGCUUGAUGAACUGGUGAAACCAGGAUGGAAUCCAGAGGAACCGGUCAAAUCCUUAAGAAAAAUGGAAUCGGAGAAGCCCAACCGAAAAUUAGAAGAUCCCGUUAAACCGCGGGGACGGGAUGAGUCUGCCAAACCAAGUAGGAAAUCAAGAAGAGAAUAUUAUGAACUGGAAAGUAAAAGUAAGAAAAGAGGAAGAACGAGGACACGAAGUCCAGAUAAGUCUCGAGAUUGUAGUCGCCAGGAUUGUAUCUCCGGGGACGAGAAUGAACCUGAAUCUCCCCAGUACUCUAGACACGAGAAGGAAUGGUUGAAGGAGAAACUCCUGGAGGAGUUUGAGAAACAAGACAAGAAGUCUGGUCACAAAUCCAGGUCUAGCAAAUCAUCAGAUAUUUUAAAGCACAUCAAAUCCUCUCACCAAAAGGAGAAAGAUUCCAGAAAGAGAAAAUCUGAAAGAAAGGAUGAGUUUAAUGAUUUCUCCGUGCACCACAGUCCAACACUAGAGAUUCGAAGUAUUGAUCUUGUACCAGGACAGGACAAUCCAACCUUGGAGCUGAGUAGAAAACCGUCCAGAUCUGGGAUUUUAGAUAAUAAAACUGAUACCGUGGACAGCGGAUUGGAUCCGUUUUAUCAACGAGCAAUCCCUCCUCAACCCACCUCAAUCCCUCUCAAACUUCCAAAAGUCGGAUCAGAUCGGAAAAGGGAUUGGACGGACAUAUCACCCUCCUCUCUAGAACCCCCGACUCAUCAUUACUGCCGAGAUUCCUACUCCAACCCUAUACACGGGGUUUACAACGAGAAGGGAAGAUCUACCUCGCAUUCUGUUUUCUCCGGCGUAGGAUUAAGGGAUCAGGAUUCUCCUCUUGCUCAGACACUUUCUCCUCCUCAUCAUUCAACCAUGCCAAGAAAUAAAUCUCCGAACCCAAGGCACGAGAAGCACGCUACUAUGCCCAGGAACAGUUCUCCGUCCGGCAUGGCUCGAUUCUCCAGUUGUGCAGCUAGUAUGCCAUCAUCUCCUCCUCCCUAUGUAGAUCCUAAAGCAUCAGAUAAGGAUUGUGGUUGUUCUUGUGACUGUAGGAGCUCAGGGUAUCCAAGCCAAGAGAAUAUUGGUGUAAACUGUGAUCUGGACCGGAACGGCGGGGGACCAUAUCGUAAUGGAUCUGAAAUGGGACCUGGAGCUAGCCUUGGAUGUGGCGGAGAGGGCGGAGGAGAGGAUAUGAACCUUCCACUUUAUCCCCCACCACUUGAGACAACCUUAGGGAAGGUUAACAUCGUCAUUUUUUCAGGUAUCAAACUACGGCGACAGCACUGGUGUCUAAUGGUUUCAAUGGUGGUCGUCUUGAUUGUAUGGAAGAAUAAAACAUGGUAG